AUGAGAAAAGAAGCGACGAUAUUGCGUCCCACGCACAAUGGCGACCGCUACGAGCUCACCAGUCCUACUGUCAUGCCCAAGGCAGCUGGCUUCCUGUGGAACCAGAAGAUGAUGGUCCAGAUCACCUGCCGUGGAUAUGCCACCGCUCAGUUCAUGCAGCCAGAGCCGGCCAAGUACGCCCAUGCUCCGAAUCUUGAGGCCAAAACCUUCAUGCAGCCGGAGCCAAACUACUACGCCCAUCACCCAGGUCGUUUUGUGUACAUCAAGGACGAAGAGUCAGGGCACCUCUUCUCUGCCCCCCAUGAGCCCGUUCGUACCGUUCCGGACCGAUUCGUUUUCUCUACUGGCAAGAGCGACGUGGCCUGGGCAGUCGAGUCCAACGGCAUCCGUGUCGAGAUGGUGAUGGGUCUGCCGACUCACGAUGUGGCCGAGCUGUGGACCAUCAAGGUGACCAAUGUGUCUGGACGUCCGCGCAGGAUCAGUGUUACUCCGUAUUUUCCCAUUGGCUACAAGUCCUGGAUGAACCAGUCGGCCGAGUGGAACGAGGAGCUGGUCGGCAUCGUCGCCAGCAGCGUGACUCCGUACCAAAAGGCGGCCGAGUACUUCAAGAACAAGUAUCUCAAGGACAAGACAUAUUUCAUCUGUGAGACGACGCCAGACUCAUGGGAGGCCAACCAACAAAACUUCGAGGGUGAAGGUGGGCUCCACAACCCGUCAGGGCUGCAAGAGCCGCAGCUGAGCUGUGGUGACGCGCGCUACGAGACCCCGACAGCCGCCGUGCAGUACCGCUUGGCGCUUAAGGCGGGAGACGAGCGCGAGUACCGCUUCAUGUUUGGCCCCGCCUAUGACGAAGCCGAGAUCCGGACCAUGCGCACUCGCUAUCUGAGCAAGCAAGCCUUUAUUCGCACCGCUGACGAGUAUGCUUCUUACAUGGCUCGCGGCCAGGGCUGCCUCCGCAUCGAGACUCCGGACAAGGAUCUGGACAACUUUGUCAACAACUGGCUCCCUCGCCAGGUCUACUACCAUGGCGACGUCAACCGCCUCACCACCGACCCGCAGACGCGCAACUACCUCCAGGACAACAUGGGCAUGAACUUCAUCAAGCCAGAGGUCACCAGGAAGGCUUUCAUCACUGCCGUCUCACAGCAGGAAGAGAGCGGCGCCAUGCCCGAUGGCAUUCUUCUGGCCGAGGGUGCUGAACUCAAGUACAUCAACCAGAUCCCCCACACCGAUCACUGUGUCUGGCUGCCCGUGACCCUCGAGGUGUACUUGGCCGAGACUGGCGAUUAUGGUUUGCUCCAGGAGAAAGUCCGCAGCUCCAACGGCGACGAGUUCACCGUCUUUGAGAGGUUCAGCCGUGCCAUGGAUUGGCUCCUGAGGUUACGUGACGAACGCGGUCUCAGCUACAUUGCCCAAGGCGACUGGUGUGAUCCCAUGAAUAUGGUCGGCUACAAGGGCAGGGGUGUUUCCGGCUGGCUCACCUUGGCGACGGCCUUUGCCGCGAACCUCUGGGCCAACGUUUGCGAGCACGAAGGCAGGACCGACCUUGCCCAGCGCUACCGAGCGGGUGCCGCGGCGUGCAACGAGGCGGCCAACAAGCACCUGUGGGACGGCGACUGGUUUGCUCGUGGUAUCACUGACGACAACGUCACCUUUGGUAUCAAGAAGGACCCCGAGGGUCGCAUCUGGCUCAACCCCCAGACCUUUGCCAUCCUCAGUGGCGCCGCCGGCAAGGAGCAAAUAUCCAGGAUUCUGCCUCAGGUCGACGAGCAUCUCAACACCCCAUACGGCAUUCAAAUGUUUGCCCCGCCUUUCACCAAGAUGCGCGAGGAUAUCGGCCGUGUGACCCAAAAGGCCAUUGGCUCGGCCGAGAACGCCGCCGUGUACAACCACGCCGGUGUCUUUUUCGUCCACAGCCUGUACAGCCUCGGAGGCGAACAGGACAGGGCCUACACUUUGCUGCGGCAGCUCAUUCCGGGGCCGAGCGAUGCCGACUAUCGCCAGCGUGGCCAGCUCCCGAUUUACAUCCCCAACUACUACCGUGGCGCUUGGAAGGAGUUCCCGCGGACAGCUGGCCGCUCCAGCCAGCUGUUCAACACGGGCACGGUAUCCUGGGUGUACCGCUGCUUCAUCGAAGGCCUGUGCGGUCUUCGCGGCGACGACAAGGGCUUGACCGUCAAGCCUCAGCUCCCAAGUGCCUGGAACUCGAUCAGGGUGACCCGCCAAUUCCGCGGUGCCACCUUCCACCUCGACAUUCGCCGUGCCGAUGUCGACCAGGUCACCGUUAGGCAGGGAGGCCAAACCCUUCCAGAGGCUCGCAUCACCAACAUCAGGGCUGGCCAGACCUACCAGCUCGCGGUCUUGGUUCCGCAGUAA